GCGCGCACGCACACGCACGAGCGCCGCCGACUCACGCGCUCUCCACACACGCGAACGCAGGCGCGCGCCGGGAAGCGAGGGCAGCGGGAGGGGUCGGAGACGUCGGUCGGCCCCGCUCGCAGCUCCGCGGCCGCUGCAGUCGCCGCGGCGAGGGGACCAGAACCAGCGCCGCCCACGGAGCCGCCGCGUCCUCUCCGCGCCGGACGCUCGGGGCAGCGCCGGGCCCCGCGUCAGCACCGCGGACAGCGCUCCCGCGCUUGCGCGCCCCUUCCCCGGGCAGGCGCCCCUGGCCCGUGGCCCCCAGCUGCUCGCGGCGUUCUCGACCCGCGGGGCGGCGGGCGGGCGCAGGACUGCCAGGGCGUCCGCUGGGGACGCGUCCAGGGCGCCAGAUUCGCGCUGCCCUAAGCCAGGCCCGUGGCGGCCGGAGCCCAUGAGCGCCAUGCACCUGCUAACACUCGCCCUGCUCUUCUCCUGCUCCUUCGCGCGCGCUGCUUGCGACCCCAAGAUCGUCAACAUCGGCGCGGUGCUGAGCACGCGGAAGCACGAGCAGAUGUUCCGCGAGGCCGUGAAUCAGGCCAACAAGCGGCACGGCUCCUGGAAGAUACAGCUCAACGCUACCUCUGUCACCCACAAGCCUAACGCCAUCCAGAUGGCCCUGUCGGUGUGUGAGGACCUCAUCUCCAGCCAGGUCUACGCCAUCCUAGUUAGCCACCCACCCACCCCCAACGACCACUUCACUCCCACACCCGUCUCCUACACAGCUGGCUUCUACCGCAUCCCCGUCCUGGGGCUGACCACUCGCAUGUCCAUCUACUCAGACAAGAGCAUCCACCUGAGCUUCCUGCGCACCGUGCCGCCCUACUCCCACCAGUCCAGCGUUUGGUUCGAGAUGAUGCGCGUCUACAGCUGGAACCACAUCAUCCUGCUGGUCAGCGACGACCACGAGGGCCGGGCUGCACAGAAGCGCCUGGAGACGCUGCUGGAGGAGCGUGAGUCCAAGGCAGAGAAGGUGCUGCAGUUCGACCCGGGGACCAAGAAUGUGACAGCCCUGCUGAUGGAGGCUCGAGAACUGGAGGCCCGGGUCAUCAUCCUCUCUGCCAGCGAGGAUGAUGCUGCCACCGUGUACCGCGCGGCCGCGAUGCUGAACAUGACGGGCUCGGGGUACGUGUGGCUGGUUGGGGAGCGCGAGAUCUCGGGGAAUGCGCUGCGCUACGCCCCGGACGGUAUCAUCGGACUGCAGCUUAUCAACGGUAAGAACGAAUCGGCCCACAUCAGCGACGCCGUGGGCGUGGUGGCCCAGGCCGUGCACGAGCUCCUGGAGAAGGAGAACAUCACCGACCCUCCGCGGGGCUGCGUGGGCAACACCAACAUCUGGAAGACCGGGCCGCUCUUCAAGAGAGUGCUGAUGUCCUCCAAGUAUGCGGACGGGGUGACUGGCCGCGUGGAGUUCAAUGAGGACGGGGACCGGAAGUUUGCUAACUACAGCAUCAUGAACCUGCAGAACCGAAAGCUCGUGCAAGUGGGCAUCUACAAUGGCACCCAUGUCAUCCCCAAUGACAGGAAGAUUAUAUGGCCAGGUGGAGAGACAGAGAAGCCUCGCGGGUACCAAAUGUCUACCAGACUCAAGAUUGUGACAAUCCACCAGGAGCCCUUCGUGUAUGUUAAGCCCACGAUGAGCGACGGGACAUGCAGGGAGGAGUUCACAGUCAAUGGCGACCCGGUCAAGAAGGUGAUCUGCACAGGGCCCAACGACACGUCGCCGGGCAGCCCGCGCCACACGGUGCCUCAGUGCUGCUACGGCUUCUGCAUCGACCUGCUCAUCAAGCUGGCAAGGACCAUGAAUUUCACCUACGAGGUGCACCUGGUAGCCGACGGCAAGUUCGGCACACAGGAGCGGGUGAACAACAGCAACAAGAAGGAGUGGAACGGGAUGAUGGGCGAGCUGCUCAGUGGGCAGGCGGACAUGAUUGUGGCGCCAUUGACCAUCAACAACGAGCGCGCGCAGUACAUCGAGUUCUCCAAGCCCUUCAAGUACCAGGGCCUGACCAUUUUGGUCAAGAAGGAGAUCCCCCGGAGCACGCUGGACUCGUUCAUGCAGCCUUUCCAGAGCACCCUGUGGCUGCUGGUGGGGCUGUCCGUGCACGUGGUGGCCGUGAUGCUCUACCUGCUAGACCGCUUCAGCCCCUUCGGCCGGUUCAAGGUGAACAGUGAGGAGGAGGAGGAGGACGCGCUGACCCUGUCCUCAGCCAUGUGGUUCUCCUGGGGCGUCCUGCUCAACUCAGGCAUCGGGGAAGGUGCCCCCCGAAGCUUCUCAGCACGCAUCCUGGGCAUGGUGUGGGCUGGCUUUGCCAUGAUCAUCGUGGCCUCCUACACUGCCAACCUGGCAGCCUUUCUGGUGCUGGACCGGCCAGAGGAGCGCAUUACGGGCAUCAACGAUCCGCGGCUAAGGAACCCUUCAGAUAAGUUCAUCUACGCCACCGUGAAGCAGAGCUCCGUGGACAUCUACUUCCGGCGGCAGGUGGAACUGAGUACCAUGUACCGGCACAUGGAGAAACACAACUAUGAGAGUGCGGCUGAGGCCAUCCAGGCCGUGAGGGACAACAAGCUGCACGCCUUCAUCUGGGACUCCGCGGUGCUGGAGUUCGAGGCCUCGCAGAAGUGCGACCUGGUGACCACGGGCGAGCUGUUCUUCCGCUCGGGUUUUGGCAUUGGCAUGCGCAAGGACAGCCCCUGGAAGCAGAAUGUCUCCCUGUCCAUCCUCAAGUCCCAUGAGAAUGGCUUCAUGGAAGACCUGGACAAGACGUGGGUUCGGUACCAGGAAUGUGACUCACGCAGCAACGCCCCUGCAACCCUCACUUUUGAGAACAUGGCAGGGGUCUUCAUGCUGGUGGCUGGGGGCAUCGUGGCUGGGAUCUUCCUGAUUUUCAUUGAGAUUGCCUACAAGCGGCACAAGGAUGCCCGCCGGAAGCAGAUGCAGCUGGCCUUUGCAGCAGUGAACGUGUGGAGGAAGAACCUACAGGAUAGAAAGAGUGGUAGAGCAGAGCCUGACCCUAAAAAGAAAGCCACAUUUAGGGCUAUCACCUCCACCCUGGCUUCCAGCUUCAAGAGACGUAGGUCCUCCAAAGACACGGUAAGGGGGAGAGCACCCCAGUCCCACGUCUCCAACUCCUCCCUCGCUCCCCCGCCCUCCGUGUCUGUCUCCCACUCCCUCACCAUCCCACCUCGCCCCACCUUGACUCCUAAGGUCCCUUCUGCCCUGCAUCUCCACCUGAGGCAGCCUCUGCCCAGCACUCCCAGUGCUGUUCUCUCUGACUCUCGAGCCUUCCCCCGACCUACACUGGGUCCUUGGCUUUCCCCAUGUGUCUCCGUUAGUCUACCCACCCCCCUCCCCCUGCCUCCCCCUGCCAUGACCCACACGCCAUCUUGAAGCCUGUCAUGUUGUUGGUCAGUCAGUCAGCCUCACUGCCUCUCUGGGCCACAUCUGGGGCCCUGGGAGCCCAGAGUGGCCCUAUCCCUGCUGGGAGGCCAUACCACCUCUCUGUUACGUCCGUUUCUCUUGCCUCUCCCAGAGGGGCCCGCCGCCCUCACUCCCUCCCUGCGACGGCCCUGGAAGGGUGGCUGUGAUGUCCCAUCCCGUCCGUCUGUCUGGCCGCCAGCCCCACCCCCCAGACACCUGUCUCACCUGUCUCACCAGAGCCAUGCGUGUUGCAUCUUCCAUGUGGUCUCUGUGUGGGCCGGGGGCUGGGGGCUGGGCCUGGGUCCAUCAGGGUGGAUGGCUGGGGCCUGGAGUUGGAACUGGCCCCUGGCCACAGGGGGCUGUCAGGCAGGGAAUAGGGUGGGACCAGAGGGAUGGCUCUCACCCUAGGCUGAGCAGGGGCCCUGCAGGAGGUAUGGUGGCAGCUCCCAGGGAGUCUGAGGACAGGCAGGGGUCACCCCACAAGACAUGGUGUGCAGAGCUCAGGAUGACACCAAGGUUCCCAGAUAGGGGCCCAGGAAGGGGAGGCCUUGGAGGACAAGACCAGCACCUCAGCUCCUGACCCUCAGCCACCCACUCCCUUAGGGGGUGUCAGAGCCAGGCCUCUUCACCCUUUGAGCCUAGAAUUCCCCUGCCCCUUGCUUGGGCAUCAUGUCGUGGCACUACAUGUGCUUACUUGGACCAAAGGCUCCCAGAACAGACCCAGCCUUGCUAGAGGCACUGUGGUCUCAGACAGCACAGGGGGGGCUGCCCAGAGAGCCAAUACAGGCCUCAGACCAGUGGCCACCCUGUAGCCCAGGGGCCAACUUGACCUCCAGCCCACAGGCAACCUCAGCCCACAGGGGCUUACACCCAGGAACACAGUGAGCUUUACAGCCCUGCACCUCUACACUUGGGGAGAAGGGCAGACUUCCAGGGCUCGGACAGGACUUGGCAUAGAGCCACCCAAACCUAAGGCAAAUCCCCAAAGUACCCCAAGAGGGACCUGUGAAACCUGGCUGCUCAGUUUCCUGGGCAGGGAAUGGCAUAGGGAGGGUCAUGGAGAGUGAGGGUCGGUGGGGCUGGGAGCAGCUGAAGCUCAAGGAGCAGGCAGAGGCACAAUCCCCAGGACCCCUCAGGAAAGUGGGCAGAGCCUGUUCUGCAAAGUCUGAGUCAGGAGUCCUGCUAAGGGACUCAGAAGAGACUGAGGGAGACUAGCUUGGCCGAGAGGACUGUGGAAAGGGAUGGUCUCCAGGCAGACAGGAGAAGCAACUGGGGAGCAGGCAGCCAAAUAUGUGCAGGCGGUGGCCACUUUCAGAGGUUGGAGCUGGUGCGGGUGCAGCUCAGACACCCUCAUGGCACCCUUCCAGGGACCCUUUCCCAGCGGAAUCCUCGCCUGAGCCUCCCUGGGUACCAUACGGCAUCUGGGGCCGCCCCACCCAGCAGGGUUGACUGCAGGGCACUGGCAGCUGGGGGGCUGGGCAGGGGAGGGCAGCCCAGCUCCCAUUGUCUCUGGGGCUGGGCGCUUGUUCAGAGGGAGGCCUGGGUGGGGGGCUCCUUUGGGCAGGGUGGGGUCGGUCUGGCUGCUGAGAUCCUCUGCCCCUGUCCUGUGGCCCACGUGGGCCAGGGCCACACUGGGCGCUGAGGGCUGGGGUCCCUGGCGGCUGGCGGGGCCAGCGGGUAUUGAUUGUUGGUUCUUAUUUAUAGAGCACCGGGGGUGGACGCGGCGCUUUGCAAAACCAAAAAGACACAGUGCUGCCGCGACGCGCUAUUGAGAGGGAGGAGGGCCAGCUGCAGCUGUGUUCCCGUCAUAGGGAGAGCUGAGACGCCCCGCCCGCCCUCCUCUG